AUCAAACUUUACAAGUUGCAUUUGACAAACUCAAAGAUCGAUAUAAUAUAGCAAGUUUAAAAUCUGUUUCACAGCUAACUUCUUUUUUUUAUAAUCUUAACUAUGAUCUUGACUCAAUGGCUCAAGUUAAAGAUGGUGCACAUAUAUGA